AAAAAGUUGCGCUUGCUUGCACUCGAGGAGUCGGCGGGCAGCUGCAGCUCUCAGGUCCGUGCACGGUGAGGUUGAGGGGGCCGCAGAUCAUGGUGUGGAGCCGGUGACCAUCGAGCUGAAGCAGAGUGUGGCUGCUCCUCUUUUUCUCCUCCCUCUCUCUCUCUCUCUCUAGCUCUCUCUCUCUCCUUCCCUUCUCCUGUGCUCGGUGAAAUCUGACACAACGGAGGCAGCUCUCUCUCUGUGGUUGUGGAUGUCUCGGAGAGGCUCUGCCAGAACGAGGACACUGAGCUCGGGCUCCUGCGUUUUUCACAUGGCGUCACCCUGGGGCGAGAGGGCCAGCCCCUGAAGCCCGGCUCUCCACGAGGGACUCGCGCCGCUCCGCUACCCGCCGCCGCGCUGAUCCAGAGGCAGUCGGAGCCAUGGCAGCGACGCUAUCAGCAGACGAAGAGCAGGCUACCAGGCAGUUUCUGGAGGAAAUCAACAAGUGGACCAGUCAGCAUGGAGUGUCGCCGCUGUCCAGAGAACUGGCCGUCAAGUUCCUCAUGGCUCGCAAGUUCGAUGUCCUCCGAGCCAUCGAGCUCUUCCACAGUUACAGGGAAACGCGUCUGAAAGAAGGAAUCGUCCGACUCCAGCCUCAGGAGGAGCCUCUGCGCUCGGAGCUGCUCAGUGGGAAGUUCACUGUGUUGAGUGUACGUGACCCGUCAGGGGCCUCCAUCGCCUUGUACACGGCUAAACUUCACCACCCCAACAAGACGGGCAACCACGUGGUGCUGCAGGCGCUCUUCUACCUCCUGGAUCGGGCUGUGGAAAGCUUCGAGACCCAGAGGAAUGGCUUGGUGUUCAUCUACGACAUGGCAGGUUCCAACUACACAAACUUUGAGCUGGACCUGAGCAAGAAGAUCCUCAACCUGCUGAAGGGGGCAUUCCCUGCCAGGCUGAAGAAGGUGCUGAUCGUCGGGGCCCCUGUUUGGUUUCGAGUGCCCUACAAUCUGCUCAGCCUGCUGCUCAAGGACAAACUUAGAGAGAGGGUUCAGAUGGUGAAAAUGGCCGAGCUGCGGCAACACCUCCCCAGAGACUGUCUCCCCCAGCACCUCGGUGGCCUGCUGCCCCUGGACGCGCACAGCUGGAACCAGCAGCUGCUGGUGGGCCAGAACGGCCGAGUGGACCCAGUGGACGAGCUGGUGGCCAUCCCCCUGGAGGACGACUCCAUUCACGCCCCCGGACCUGAGGCCAUGCGCCCACAGGAGAUGCUGGUGCACCUCGGCAGGCUUCAGCGCUCGGGCAUCCACCUAGAGUAUGAGGAGCUCCGCAAGGAACCGCCGUCGGGAACCUUCCACUGUGCACAAGCAGCCUACAAUCAGGAGCGCAAUCGCUAUGGAGACGUGCUGUGCCUUGAUCAAACAAGAGUGCGUUUGAAAGCCAGAAGGAACGAGAGAUCAGACUACAUCAAUGCAAGCUUCAUGGAUGGCUACAAACAGACGAAUGCCUACAUUGGUACUCAAGGACCACUGGAAAAGACCUACGGAGAUUUCUGGAGGAUGGUCUGGGAACAGAACGUGCUCGUUAUUGUCAUGACAACCAGGACAGACGAGGGCAGUCGGAGGAAGUGUGGACAGUACUGGCCACUGGAGGAAGGGGGACAAGAGGUGUACGGCCACAUGGCAGUGGUGAACCAGAGGGUGGACCACCACACCCACUACAACCACACAACCCUCGAACUGCACAACACUGAGACAUGUGAACAGAGACAAGUGAGUCAUUUCCAGUACCUCAGCUGGCCUGAUUACGGCGUCCCCACCUCCGCUGUGACACUCAUCGACUUCCUGGGAGCGGUGAAGAGACAACAGAGGAAAACAGUGAAGUCUUUGGGGCUUCAGUGGACAGGCCACCUGCUCGGACCCCCAAUGGUGGUGCACUGCAGUGCAGGGAUAGGAAGAACAGGUACCUUCUGUGCCCUGGACAUCUGUCUGUCCCAGCUACAGGACGUCGGAUCGCUAAACGUGUGCCAGACUGUGCGGCGCAUGCGAACACAGAGAGCCUUCAGCAUUCAAACCCCGGACCAGUACUACUUCUGCUACAAUGCCAUUUUGGAGCACGCCCAAAGACAGGGCCUGCUCCCGGCCAAUCAGUGAGCUUCAGUCGUGACUUCCCGAACCAAUCCACGAGCCCUGAGAUUACCCGUGGUCGAUCUGUUAACCCCCCCCCCCCCCCCCCGAGCUGUGUUGUUUGACCAAUUAGUGAGUGUGGGAGAGAAGCUGUCAUUUGACGUUUGGCCAUUUUUCAUUGGCAGACCAAGACAAGACAGUAGAAAUCCUUGAGCGCUGACAUUAUAAUGUUUCAAUGUGAUAACAUUCUGGCUGCCAACAAUGUGACAUUUAGUUUUUUUUUGCUGAAUCAUAUCUCAGAGUGAACCUGCUGCUCUGGCGUCGUGCGUUUUGUGUGUCUGUGGUCAGGGACGUGUGGAGGUAACAUAAAUUAGCCUUUUGAUUAAUAUUUGCCACUUAAAGUAAUGGUUUAAGGAUCUCAUUAAAGAAUAGUACAACCUAAAAUAAAAAAGUAAAUCAUUAUCCCAGAUCAGGUAAAACUCCACUAAUAGUUUUUUUUGACUUUUGACUUAAAAUUUCGGUCAAAUUAUCUUUUAAAGGCUGCAGUGAACGGGGACAUGGUACUUUUCUCCGAACAACUGCUGUAGAAAAGUAUUUGUAGCCAAAUUCCCCAUAGGCACAUGUACUUCUAUGACACAAAAGUCGUUACAGACUGGAACUCCAGAGAAUGUCCGCAGAAUUGUUUCUGGACAUUCUCCACAGGUUUCCUUUCACACAUGAACAAUGCAGCAUUAGAUUCUCCACUUAGACACAUUCACAACAACACAUUAAUCCGUGGAGGAUGAAUUCUGCGGAGGAUCUCCUGCUUUGUUCUCACAUUGGUUCAUCAGGGCGUUCUCUGCAGUUUUUACCAGGCGGCUGGGCGGAGAAAGUCCAGAGAAUUUCCGUAGCUUCUCACUCGGACAUUUGCUUUCUCAAAUACAGCCCCUGUAGAGAAUGUCAGGAGAUUAUCCAGAGAUCAGUGCAAUUCUAAAUGCGGCUUAUCAGAUGUUUCAGGUAAGAGAGGUAAACGGAGCCUUUCAAACAGCUCCAGUGGGUCAGAUUCAGCUUUUAAUGACUUUUUUAUUUAUUUAAGUUUCAAGCAAGAUGCAAGUUACAGACACAAUUCCAAAUUUUGGGGGUGAAUUGACCCUUUAACUAAGCACAGCUUUUUGUGUUCCAAACAGGGAGCAUAAUCACCACUUGUUUCUCUCAAGCAACAAUAAUGGUGUCGAUUUUGCACCUCAUGUGUCCAGUAUAUCCCGCUGUUCACUGCAGUAGAAUUUUCAGCAUACGGUUACGUAGAUGGUACGAGCUGGUUCUGCGUCGUCUCAGGAGUGUUCAGCUGAACACAAGGAGUAGAAACUGUCCAACAAUAUAGGAUUUAAUGAAAAGGUCUUUUGCCAAGAAGUUGUUCGAGCUUCUUUAGGUCUGCAUGAAGCAUCCUCUCUUUCAGUAAACAUCACUGAAUGGCAGUAAGGAGGAGUAAAGCACAUCCGAAAUCGAUUAGGCUGUAAACUCCUGUUUCAUCCCGGCUCUGAUCACUCAGUAAACUGCUGUCCAUGUGAUUUCCUCUUUAGUUUUUCUGAUGCAUCAUCUGAAACCCUCUGUCUCACCCUAACAAUUGAUGUUUCCUGACUCGCAGCACAGACAGUGACCGGCGUCUGGGAUUUACCUUCUGUCACUAGCAGUGCCAUCAUGCUGUAGUGAUUGCUGUGGGAAUGUAUUGCUUACCCACACGUGCACACGCAUACACGCUUGUGUAAAGAAGCUGCAGCGAUGAAGCUAUUAAAUCUGUGCAAGUCAUCGGUUUAAGACCUCAUGAGUAGUGCAAUACUUUGUCUUUCUUGUAACACAAAUCAUGUCUUAGCACUUUUAAAUGACUCUUCCCUGCGUGCUCUGAGAUUAUCACAGCUAUAGAAUGGGAUGACAAGGCAUAGUGACUCUGUAGAUCUACACGUGAUACUGGGACAACUUAAUCGUUACUGUUACAUUUAGAAAUGCUUCAAUAUAAAACGUGUAGUGACAUCUUGAACUCGCUCUAAUCGUCUGCAUAGAGCUUUACUGAGACAGGAGGACUUUACAGGGAAAUCCCACAUUAACGAUAGCAUAGCUGAGUAAACGUGCACAAACCUGUGGCUGCAACCUAUAAAGUCCUUGUUAGGCACUGAGUCAGAAGUGUUGCCUGAAAUGUAUUCUAAUUGUCGUCGUCCUUCCGACUGUGGCUGUAAUCAGUGCUUUCAUCUGGUCCCAGUGUCUUGCCAUUAUUAUAGAGUACAUGCAAGUACUGAGCGUGUGUGCGUCAUAAGUUGCAUUAUGUUGUUGCCGGGUGAAAAAAAACAAAUGUGUUCUUUGCUACAGUAUUCAUAUUGAAUUGCUUGUAGUGAAGCCUUUUUUAAGUCUGCCAUCCUUAUGCACUCUGAUUUUAGAAUUUUUUCUUUUCAGCAAAAAUGUGCCCCAUUUUAUUUUUCUAUUGUAUUCAACAACUGUUUUCAUACAAUUACCCAGGAUUAUACAGUUAUCUACAUUAAUUUUAUAUUUGUUCUGUUAUAACCUAUUACUUUGUCAUUUGUAUUGACUAUUGAAUCAAGCUAUACUGUAUUAAAUACAAACCAUGUCAA